CUCGCGAGACCGCGCACUGUGGACGCGUUUCUGCCGCCGUCACCGCCGCCAACACCGCCGUAAUAUUCCUGCACAGUAACCCGGAAUUACCAAUUCACAAACAACAAAUAUCUGCAAUAACUUAAUAUAAGGGAAAAAUAAAUUCUAUUGAAGAUGAAAGGAUUCUGGCGGUGUUUCGGAAAUAACAAGCAUGUUCGCAUUGCGUAAUCGUCGUACGUGCGAACAACAAAUGGGCAUCAUCACGCCAUCGGGCUAAGGUUUCCUUGGAGAAUUACGCGACCUGCCGAGAGCGGCCUUAAUUAAGCGCGACGCAAACAACGGCGUGAGCAUUUUCGCGCACAGAUGGCUGAUCACGAUAAUUUUGACGAUGAGGAGCUGGUGUCGAGCAACACGAACCAGCGCAACUGGCGCGGUAUUCUUAUCGCGCUAAUGGUGAUCGUGAUGGUGCUGGCAUUGAUCGUCACCUCUGUCGUGUUACUCACCCCGCCCGAUGAAGGUCCAAGGAUUAAGGGUAAUCGCUUCAAACUGCAGGACAUUCUCGGCCAUGAUUUUCAACCGCUGCGCUUCAAUGGCACUUGGGUUACAUCUGAUGAGCUGAUAUACAAAGAUGAAUUCGGUGGGAUUAGUUUAAUGAACGUGACGACUCUGAAAGUGCGCUCACUCAUGUCCAAUCAAACCUAUCAACGAUUGAAUCCUGCCCGAUUUACACUCUCGCCGGAUCAACGAUAUCUCCUGCUGGCUCAAAACGUCAAAAAGCUCUUUCGAUAUUCCUAUCUGGCGCAAUAUUUGGUUUAUGAUAUCGCCACAAGGAGUGAAUAUCCGGUGCGACCACUACCCGAAACCGAAGAACAGCAUCCGUUUCUCUUGUUGGCUGAAUGGGCACCGCGCGACCACGGCCUGAUUAUUGUCCAGAAUUAUGACAUUUACUAUCGACCAGCUCCGCUUUCCCACAACGAAUACCGUGUUACGAGCAAUGCAGUGCCGGGGGUUGUUAGCAAUGGUGUUCCGGAUUGGCUCUAUGAGGAGGAGAUACUUGGGAGCAACAGUGCGAUAUGGAUGUCAGCAGAUGGUCACAUGUUGGUUUUUGCUACGUUCAACGAUAGUCUUGUUGAGGAACUGCGUUUUCCUUGGUACGGAUCCAGCGGUGAAGGACGUCUCUAUCCGGAUAUUAGAUCUCUGCGGUAUCCGAAGCCAGGCACGCGCAAUCCACAGGUUACUCUCACACUGGCGGACCUUGCGGAUCGAAGCAACAUUCGCAUGCGGGAAGUUAAACCACCAAUGCAGCUACACAAUCAAGAAUAUUAUUUUACCGCCGUAUCAUGGAUAAGCUCAACUGAAAUAUCGGUGGUUUGGUUGAACCGUGCUCAGAACCUCUCGAUAGUCUCCAUUUGCAAAACUCCGGUUUGGCAUUGUGUUGAAACUCAAAGAGUUUCGGGUGAUGGAGAGGGUUGGGUAGAUAUGGGUGACAGUCCUUUGUUCAGUCCGGAUAGCGCUAAGUACAUAACAGUCGCACCGGUUAAAGACGGCCCAGCGGGAUACUUCCGCCAUGCGAUCGAAGUGAACAUCUCAAAACGACGCACCCUCUCGCUGACUCACGGGAGGUACGAAGUGACGCGAAUACUCGCCUGGGACCACUCCAACGACGUGAUUUACUUUCUAGGCAUUCCCGAAGGAAAACCCGGCCAGCAACACCUCUACCGCGUUGCUUCCGUUCCACCUAGAUCCGGGGCUUCUCUUCAACCACCAGUGUGUUUAACCUGCGUCCCGGAACCAACACCUACGUUACCUCCCUUCUAUGUGGAAGAUUUACCCUUGGUUCCGAGGAGUAAACCAUGGGAUGAUGACUGGUCUGAAGAUGAACCCACAACUACACCUGCCCCACGGAGGAAAAAGAAGAAACCCAAGAAGACCAAUGUUGUUGAACCACCUUGCCUCUAUCACAACGCCAUUUUUAGCCCAACAGUACCCAAUUAUUAUGUCCUGGAAUGUUUGGGUCCUGGAAUACCUACGAGUAUCUUGUAUAAAGCAACCCUCCCGAAACCUAAAUUGAUCAUGGUGUUGCAGAAUAAUACUGCUUUAAGGGAACGUGUGGCCAAGAUGGCAAUGCCACAAGUGAAAAGUUUCCUGGUUCAGAUUUCGGAUGAACACGAAGCGCACGUAAGACUCAUUCUUCCGCCUGGGUUGAGAGAGGAUGAGAUAACACGGUAUCCACUGGUGGUGCAAGUUUACGGCGGCCCCGGGAGUCAAUUAGUGACGGAGCGCUGGCGCAUUGAUUGGAACACAUACCUCACCGGAAAUAAAGAUUUCAUCGUCGCUCAAAUCGAUGGGCGCGGGUCGGGCGGUCAAGGCCACAAACUGUUGCAUCAAGUUUACUAUAAACUCGGCACGGUGGAAGUGUCUGACCAGUUGGAAGUAACCGAGUACUUGCGGGACAACUUACAUUACGUGGACAAUCGACGUGUGGCGGUUUGGGGAUGGAGUUACGGCGGGUUUGUGUCGGCCUUGGCCUUGGCCAGCACGAAAAAUGUCUUUCAUUGUGCGGUUUCCGUUGCGCCUGUCACAAAUUGGAAACUUUAUGAUUCUGCUUACACGGAGCGUUACAUGGGUUUACCGAACGUGACCGACAACUACAAGGGUUACGACGAGGCGGACGUGUGCAAAAAGGCGCAUCUGUUGAAGGACAAAAUGUUCUACUUGAUACACGGCACUGCUGAUGAUAACGUGCAUCUGCAACAAUCGAUGGCGCUUGUCAAGGCUUUAUCUGAUGCUGGAGUGCUAUUCAGACAACAAAUGUACCCUGAUGAAAGUCAUAGUUUAGGAGGAGUUAAAAAACACCUCUACCGUUCAAUGGGCCAGUUCUUCGACGAUUGCUUCCGGAAACAAGUGCCGCCCGAAACAAAAGCGGGAUUAAUGAGCGGCGGCGGUGAGUAACCCACUUCAAGACCGCCAAGCGGCGCGUGCGCACUUGACAACCCUUAACCUUUUCAAUUUUUGAAACAAUUGAACGGAACAAGCCUUUUCUAGAAAUAUAUCUUGUUGAUUCGUGACUAUAACCUACAAAUAUCGACACCGGAAGCGAAUCAUGUCUGUGUAAAUAUUCCCUUCGCAAAAAAAUACUCAACACAAACCAAAACCCAAAAAUAUAUUGUACAUAACAAUGUACAUAAUAGUUAAAUACUUGAGAGAAUAACCCUCCUUCUCAUUACGGGUUCUGUGUCCGGGCUCUUUCCGGUCCCGGCUUGUUUUGCGGCAGAGGUGCGAGCCAGAGAUUCGUUGUUUUUGUACCGAUUUACCAUGUGUCGAUAAGAACGUCGUAUGUGUUUGAAAAACAUCCACACGUCGAUACUCGGAUGUUUUUUAAGUGAUGCAAGUGCCAAAUUUUUUUUGUGUCGUGGUUCCGUAUACACUCAUUAAUAAUGAUGAUGAAAAAAAAAACACUACUUAAAUCUAGCGCACGGCGCGCACGCGCGCUCGAAAAACAAUCCGAAUACAAUCGUUAAUUAUACUCAGUGUAUAACCGAAGAAGGGCAAUAAUUUUCGACGAGUAAAUUAAAUUUAACGAUGAUGAAGAACAUAGAUCUCCAAUAAUAAAUGAAUUUGAUAACUAGCUGAACUUUGAGCUCGUGCAACACAAUACGAAAGCAAUUUUAACGUUUAACUCUUAGUCAUAGUUCUGUGUUACAUUCUAUAUCUUUGGACUUUACAGUAUUAUCUACGGACAAAAAAUAUUCUCAUUUACAUAUCCAGUUUAUAUUUCCAGUUAUCGUUAAGAGAAUUUUAAGAAAACAUGAAUAGUGCACGUCUAGUCAAUCAAAGAUAGCGAUUAAUCAGUAAACAUAACAAUGAAUUUUAGCUGCGCAUGCGCAGAAAGUUUUAAUCUUUUAUUUUAUGCGCCAUAAUUCACUCAAAGUGAAGUAGAAAUAACUGCUACUCCAUCUGGUGUUGAACUUAUUAAGUUUUGACAAGUAGGCAACCAAUAUUGCAGUUUCUGACAUCUCCGCAAUGGCGGCUUUAGUAAAUUUGGUUCUAGCUGAUAUAAAUACACCAUAUAUAGAUAAUGAGACCAAUAAUAUUACUAGUUAUGACAUAAACUGUAAUUAACUAAUUUCACAAACUGCAAACAAUUUCUAUGCAAAAAAUUAACUUUAGCAGCAAAAGUUUUAAAAAUAACCUCAAAAAACAUUUUGAACUUCCCUUUUCGUAGGUUAAAACAAAAUAUUUUUAGCGAAAUAAAACUAUUUUAACUACCUUAGUUGGUGUAAAUUAAAAUUACAAAUAAACUUGUUAUUAAACCAAUGUAAAUCUUAAAGAAAACAAGAAAAUCAAAGUGACUAAAAAUACUUGGGUCCAAUUCAAAAAUUACGAAUGUGUAAAAACAAUGCAUUUUAUCGUAAAUCGUGGAGAGAUAUUUUUGUGUUUGACCCACACACACACACACACACACAAUCCACAUACUAAAUAAGAAACCUUUUAAAAAACCUUUACUAAAUCUACUCUACUAAAAUCUCUAAUGAAUAAAGCGUGUCACACAUUCACAAUGAUUCUCAAUGAUGAUAUAAAAACUCGUCACAAUGGCUGUAAAGUAAACAAAGAACAAAGAUGAAAAUAUAAAUCAAUCUCGACCUUGUUUGUGUUGGUAUCGGUGUUUCCUGAUUUGUGAGAGAAAUUUGGUCAAUCUAAGUGCAAUUUAAAUGGGUCAUGUACAUAAACUAAUAUAUAUUACACCUGAUUGAAGAUUAUUUUGUCUAACGCAUAAAGUCUAUAUUUUGUUAUCUAAUUAUGACAUGACAUGUGAUAAUUAAGCGUUUCCUGUCUGUGUUUAUUGAUUUUUCUACUUGCGGGUAACAAACAAAGUGUUUGCUGUUAGUUUGAUUGCCUAUAUACGUUGACGCACAGCUCUAACCUUCAAUUUGAAUGCUUCGAUAAAUAUGCAUUAAAAUAGUGUACAAUCAAAACUUCCAAGAUAUUUUUUUAACUAGUUGAAUUGUAAACAUGAAAUUUGUUGAAUUUUGUGUUUUAUUGCAUUUGCUAAGUGAUUCACAAAUUUGAAAAAACUUGUUAUUCAAUCAGCGCAUAUUAUGCGUGAAUAGAAUACUAUACUUUAUCUUUAACCAUCAAAAAAUGCAUUUUCUUUGGAUUUUAACGGUUUUUAUGAUGGUUAAGGAUAGACACUUUGAAACCUUGUUAAUUAAUACAAUAAUUAAGCACUUUAGCUCCAGUUUCUUCAUUGUAACAUAGCUAAUUAUUAAUUAACGAUAUUGAAUGAAACAAAACCUUUACAGAAUUACAAACCUUAUUGUAUUUAUCUUUUAAACUUAAAACUAAAAUCAUAAGUAAUCAAUUAUUACUUAUAACUUAUAUAAAUAAAAUUUAGUAGACUCUACAAUAAA